AUGGAGUCUACCGAUGCAGAUUAUUUAGCCUCUCCAGCCUCCGUCCUCGUGGCCUUGGUGACAAUCAUCCUUUUACUCCACCGAGCAUGGCCUCAUUUAUCUCAAACUAAAACCGAUAAAUUCACUGAUCCUAUUGCAAUUACCUCCCUAAAUAACUCAGACUUAACGGUGUCCAAAGAACCCGAAAUCCCAGAAGGAUGGUGGAGCGGUCGGGAAGUCUUCGAGCUCGAACGGCGCGCGCUCUUCAGUCAAACAUGGCUCUAUCUUGCCCACAGCUCCCAAUUUGAAAAGCCCGGCGCGUAUCAAUCGUUCGAUGUUGCUGGGUUCCCAGUCUUUCUCAUUCGCGGUAAAGACGACAAGAUCCGCGCAUUUCAUAAUGUAUGUCGUCAUCGCGCCUAUACCAUUACCAGAAAGGAAACUGGUGCUUCGACUGUUCUUGGUUGUCGGUAUCAUGGCUGGAGCUAUGAUACCACUGGGCGACUCGUGAAGGCUCCUCAGUUUGACGACGUUCCCGGGUUUGAUAAGUCGCAGAAUAGUCUGUUUGAGGUUCAUACACAUACCACUGAUCAAGGGAUGGUUUUUGUGAAUCUAAAUUCUGAUGAGCCUGUUGCCUUUGACACUGAGUUGGCUUCGAGUUUGGGUGGAUUUUCGCGCGUGGCUGGUGUGACAGCGAAAUCCGCUUGGGUCUCUGGUCAGACUUUGUCGGGGGACUUCAACUGGAAAGUUGGUGGUGAGUAA